UUCAGCGGGGCAGUGGGCAGGUUUGCUGUAUUCGUCCGGGACGUUCAGACGGUGGAGACUUUACACCUGAAAGUCCCCCUUUUUUCAUAGGACAUUUAUUUUUACGCAAGUAUGCGAUUGAUUUAGCUUUUAAAAUUAGCGGAGCGUCGCGUUACCUUUUCAGAAACUCGGAUAUCAAAGGCAGUCACCAUGAACUCCGUAUUAUCGUCCGUGCGUUCCCUCAUGCAAAUGUUUGAUGGCAAAGCGCAAGAAUUCAUCAAUGAAAUUGAUAAUGUCCACAUGGUUUGGCUUGAGGAGAUCCAGCAAGAAGCCAAUCGCAUGUUCUCAAGAGACUUUAAUGCAGAACCAGAAUUGAUGCCAAAAACACCAUCACAGAAAAAGAACAGUCGCAGGAAGCGUGUGUCUUUGGGACGUCAGGAAGAAAAUCCAACCAGGCGAAGAUUUUCAAAGGGAAGACGCAGUAACCUUCGUGGCUCUUCUGUCAAAUCACUGAACUUGAUCACUGAAGAGGAAAGUAUUCCUGAGCCUUCUACCUCUGAAGCCAGCAGCACAACUCAGCCUAAACGCACCACUCGCAAAAAGCAGAAAAAGCCUGAGGUGGCAGAGGAUGUGAGCUUGUCACCCGACAGCAGUAAAAUUGAAGAGGUGCAGAACAAGAAGCCAGAGCUGGUAGAAGAAGAAGACGAAGUGGACAAAGAAAACAAGGCAAACAAUGCUGAAGUCAAACCUGAUGACACAGGCAGCGCUGCCAAGUCUCCUCCUGAGAUACCCUCACCUGAGGUUGUCGUCAGCAUCUCCACAGCAGAACGCUUGUCUGCUGAGCUCGCCAAAAUGCCUGUUCUCUCUCCUGGCCGUGCAGCUGCUAAGAUUGCAAUCGCUGGAACAGCUCACAGCUCAAGGCGCAGCUCCGUGCGGUGCUCCCUCAAUCUCCGUCACUCGCUGGCUGGUCUGCGACACAGCAUGACCCAGGAAUCUGUUCGCCGAGCCUCACGCCGGUCUAUGAUUAAGAGGAAGGCAUCCCGCAUGGGCAACUCCACCUGUAGCAGCAAUGUUGGUGAUGAAUCUUCAGUGGAGUCUGUGGAGGAGGAGGAGGAGGAUGUUGUGGUGGAAGCUGUAGCUGCAGACACAGUGGAUAAGGCUGUACCAGCAAAAUCUAAGGAAAGUCCAGAGAGCCUGAUUAACCAGCAUGUGGGACGCAUUACUCGCUCUGUGGCUGCAAACUCUCCAACACUUGCGCCCGCCUCAUUUUCUAUCUUUAAUCCCAAAAUGAGCACUCCAGGCAAAAAAACAGUUGUCGCUGAGAAGCACCAGACCUCCCAGUCCGUUCGGCGGUCCAGCCGCAGUACUAAACGCAAAGCACCAGAUACUGUCGAGGAAAGUCCCACAAAGAGGUUCUCUCCUCCCAAGAAAAGUCAAAGUGCCGUACGGCCCAACAUGAGAUCUUUCCUCCACACUGUGCAGAAGAAUCAGAUGCUGAUGAUGACUCCAAAUUCACUCGGCCGGACCGCUAUGAUCAAGUCCUUCAUCAAACACACCACUCCUCUGAAGACCGACACGAAGACAAAAGAGCGUCACAAAUUGGAAGCGCUUAAAAAGAAGCUGGAGCAAGAGGAGGAGAGGAUGAAGAAAAUGGAGGAGGAGAAGAAGAAAAAACAGGAUGAACUCAAAAGGAAGAGGGAUGAAAGGUUAAGAAGAGUGUUUGAGGCCAAAGUAAAAGAAGAGCAGCGGGAGGAGGAAAAGAAAAAGAAGAUUGAGCAAAAAAUGGCUCAGAUUGAUGAGAAAAACGAUAAGCGUCUGGCAGAGGAGAAGGCCAAGAAGAAGGGGGCCCUGAAGCGUCAGGAGGAGCUGGAGCAGAAGAAGAAGCUGGAAGAAGAGGCCAAAAAGAAGAAGCUUCAGCAAGCAGAGGAAGAGAAGCGGCAGCAGGAGCUCCUGGCCAAGAAGAAGGCCGAGGAGGAGGAACAGCGAGCUCGUAAGCUGGCUGAAGCUCGCAAAGCGCUGGAGCUGAAGAGGGAGCAGGAGCGUGAGCGGGAGAGAGAGCUGGAAAGAGAACGACAAGCAGCUGCUGAAAGGGAGCGAGUGGAAAAAGAAAAGGCUCUCGCUCUGCAACGUGAACUGGAGAGAGCAGCCAGAGAGAAGGAGAUGAGGGAGCUGGAGGAGAAGAGGAAGGCGCUUGAGGAAAAACGAAAACUGGAGGAGCAGCAAAGACUGGCUGCAAAAGAGAAAGCUCUUAAAGAGAGAGAAGCCGCAAAGCAGAAAGAGGCCACACAGACGUGUGCUGCCCUGAAUGUGACUGUGGACAUUGAGCGCUCCGUGUUGAGCACACCUGUAGGAAAAGGUGGUGGCCCCAAUGUGGUGGAUUGUGAGUCCUCACCACAGUCAUACGUCAUCACGCCAAAAGGCAGCAAUAAACCUUUGAUUACGUCCAAAAGUGCAGAGGAUUACGGGAUGGACCAAAACAGUGACGACUCCACCGACGAUGAGUCUGCACCGAGGAAACCUAUUCCGUCCUGGGCAGAAGGUCCCAAUCUGCAGCAGAUAAUUAUGAAGCAAUACUUCAACCCUCCUGAUUUAGACUCUUUCUUUGGAAUAAUUGAGUCACCAAGACUGGAAAACAUCUUUUACAAGAGCAAGCCUCGGUAUUUUAAACGCACCAGCUCUGCGGUGUGGCACUCACCUCCGGGUGGAAACAAGUAACGUCUGUACACUCAUACAGAUGUACACGCUGCUGUAUAAAGUUUAAUUUUUGAACAUUUUGUUUCAAAUAAAGUAACAUGUUUUCUCUGAAUGUUUUUAUUUGCAUUUUUAGUGUUGUUGAUUCUUUAAUAAGAAAUGACCAUAUCUUCAUAUCUCAGACUUUGAUUUUCAUGGAAUUGGUUUUAAGUUUUUGCUUUUUAUAGAGUUUUGACUUUUCACUGUAACAAAGCAGAACCACUAAUAUUGGUGAUGGGUUGGUCUCAUUCUGUCGUACCAGGACAGUAAGGCAGCAAGUACAACACCAGGAAUGUGGCUGUUUCUAGUAUUUAUGGGUGUAUUGCUUUGCCAUGUCAAUAUUAAAGGUCUGUUUUUUGUCUGA